AUGGCGGCAACUGCGCGGCUGCCGCAGGAAGGGGCGGAGCCGAGCCGCCGCCUCGCGCCUAGGCCCGCGCCGGCUCGCGGGGCCCCGCCUCAGCCCGCGCCGCCCCGCCUCAGCCCGCGCCGCCCCGCCUCAGCCCGCGCCGCCGCGCGGCGUGCUGCUGCGGGGGGCUGCGCCCUUCUGUCCGCUCCCUGCGCCCCUCUGUCCGCUCCCUGCUCCCUCUGUCCGCUCCCUGCGCCCCUCUGUCCGCUGCCUGCUCCCUCUGUCCGCUGCCUGCGCCCCUCUGUCCGCUCCCUGCUCCCUCUGUCCGCUGCCUGCGCCCUCUGUCCGCUGCCUGCGCCCCUCUGUCCGCUCCCCGCGCCCCUCUGUCCGCUGCCUGCGCCCCUCUGUCCGCUCCCCUCUGUCCGCUGUCCGCUCCCCUCUGUCCGCUGCCUGCGCCCCUCUGUCCGCUGCCUGCGCCCCUCUGUCCGCUCCCUGCGCCCCUCUGUCCGCUCCCUGCGCCCCUCUGUCCGCUCCCUGCUCCCUCUGUGGCUCUUCGCGACCACAAAGCCCCCGGCCCUUGUCCCCUUGUCGUGCCUGCCUCCGGCGGGCUCCUCCCGAGCAGCAAGCGGCCUGGCGCCGGCCUUCCCCCAGCAGUCCGCGGGGACGCCUGCGGCCACGCCCCCAGCGCUCCGCCGCCCUCCGGCGGCGCGCACAAGAUGGCGGCGCGGGGCGACACGGCGGUCACGUGAGGCGCGCCGCCGCCCGCCCCGCCCGCAGCCGUACGGACACGGGGCCGACGCCGCCGCCGCCGCCGCUCCGGGAGCCGCCCGCACGCCCUCCUGCCCGCCCGGCGGCCCGACCCGCCGCGGCGCUCCGCACCGCACGGUGAGCAACCGCACGGUGAGCAUCGAGGGGCGCUGCCACCCGUGCCGCCGCCUCAGCGUGGGGCCGGGCGCCGGGGGCCGGCCUGAGCGCCCGGGGUGGCGGCGGCAGUGGUGGGACGGAGCGGGGGUGACAGCCGGGCCGGGGCCCGGCAGGGAGGGGUUGUGUAGCGGCCGGCGCAGAGCUGCGGCUCAGGGGUCCCGGCCGCUCAGCUCCGGUGUGGCCCUUGCAGCCCCGGGGGAUCCGCGGAGGGUGUCCAGGCCCGCAGGGGCCACUCUGCUCCCCUCAGCUGUGGGGGCUGCACACCCCGCAGCCCCGGAGGCCUUAGGGAGCUCUGGAUCUCGGGGGUACGUGGGACCCUCGGGCCCGGGGGCACCGUGGCUCCUGGCACUGAGGCCUUCCCCGAGGCGGCGAGGCCUUCCCCGAGGCGGCGAGGCCUUCCCCGAGGCGGCGAGGCCUUCCCCGAGGCAGCGAGGCCUUCCCCGAGGCGGCGAGGCCUUCCCUACAGCAGCGAGGCCUUCCCUACAGCAGCGAGGCCUUCCCUACAGCAGCGAGGCCUUCCCUGAGGCGGCGAGGCCUUCCCUACAGCAGCGAGGCCUUCCCUACAGCAGCGAGGCCUUCCCCGAGGCGGCGAGGCCUUCCCCGAGGCGGCGAGGCCUUCCCUACAGCAGUGAGGCCUUCCCCGAGGCGGCGAGGCCUUCCCUACAGCAGCGAGGCCUUCCCUACAGCAGCGAGGCCUUCCCCGAGGCGGCGAGGCCUUCCCCGAGGCGGCGAGGCCUUCCCUACAGCAGCGAGGCCUUCCCUACAGCAGCGAGGCCUUCCCCGAGGCGGCGAGGCCUUCCCCGAGGCGGCGAGGCCUUCCCUACAGCAGCGAGGCCUUCCCCGAGGCGGCGAGGCCUUCCCUACAGCAGCGAGGCCUUCCCCGAGGCGGCGAGGCCUUCCCCGAGGCAGCGAGGCCUUCCCUACAGCAGCGAGGCCUUCCCCGAGGCGGCGAGGCCUUCCCUACAGCAGCGAGGCCUUCCCCGAGGCGGUGAGGCCUUCCCCGAGGCACGAGGCCUUCCCCGAGGCGGCGAGGCCUUCCCCGAGGCGGCGAGGCCUUCCCUACAACAGCGAGGCCUUCCCUACAGCAGCGAGGCCUUCCCCGAGGCGGCGAGGCCUUCCCUACAGCAGCGAGGCCUUCCCUACAGCAGCGAGGCCUUCCCCGAGGCGGCGAGGCCUUCCCCGAGGCGGCGAGGCCUUCCCUACAGCAGCGAGGCCUUCCCUACAGCAGCGAGGCCUUCCCCGAGGCGGCGAGGCCUUCCCUACAGCAGCGAGGCCUUCCCCGAGGUGGCGAGGCCUUCCCUACAGCAGCGAGGCCUUCCCUACAGCAGCGAGGCCUUCCCCGAGGCAGCGCUGCGCAGCGGGGGCCGGCGAGCGGAGGGCAGCGGAGCGCAGGCGGAGCCCGGGCCGGCCGCCGCCGCGGGGCGGUUGAACGGCAACUUUUGA